AUGCUUCCCGUUAAAAUAACUAAUUCGUCUUUAUUUUCCUCCAUUUACCCCCAAUCCUUGGGGAAGAUACGACCAAGUCGUCUAAUACAACAACGUUUCUAUAGCAAAGAAGUACAUGAUCAUUUCUUUAACCCAAGGAAUGCAGGUUCCUUUGAUUUAAAUGACCCAGCGAAUAAGGAUAAAGUAGGGACAGCAAUUGUAGGGAAAGCUGCAUGCGGAGAUGUUAUUAAACUACAGGUGAAGGUAGAAGAUGGUAAGAUAACAGAUGCAAGAUUUAAGACAUUUGGUUGUGGAUCAGCAAUUGCUUCUUCUUCUUAUGCUACUGAAUUAAUUAAAGGAAAAACUACAGAAGAAGCAUUACAAUUAAGGAAUACAGAUAUUGCUGCCCAUUUAAAUCUUCCUCCUGUAAAGAUUCAUUGUAGUCUAUUAGCAGAAGAUGCCGUUAAAUUAGCUAUUGAUGAUUAUAAAAAUAAACAAAAUAAACCUAAAGAAUUCGAGCAUUAA